ACUAAUGUGUGUGCCCUUUCACAAACCAAAGAAAAUUCUGUAUGUUUUCUGAUCUUUCCCUCUCAAAAUAUAAUCAACAAAAUAUCAUCAAAGAAUUGCAAAAAUGGAGAGCAAAUACAAGUUUUUUCAUGGAACACUUGAAGUCUCUAUUUUCCGGGCUACAUCUCACAAGUCAUCUAUUCCCUUCAAGUGUAUUUCAGCAAAUGGAAAACCUGCAUAUGUGACAAUCAAGAUUGAUAACAAGACAGUAGCAAAAACAACACAAGAACGUGAUCGUGUAUGGAACCAAACCUUUCAAAUCCUCUGUGCUCAUUCUCCAAAUACAACUAUUACCAUUACUCUAAAGACAAAGUGCACCACCUUAGGAAAAUUCACUAUUCAUUCUCAUAAGCUCUUAAAUGAAGCAAGUUUAGUUGAGGGAUUCUUCCCACUUUCAACUGAAAACAAGAAGUCAAAGAAGAAACUGAAAUUGCAAUUCAUUUUGUGGUUCAAACCAGCAGAAUAUGAACCAAGUUGGGGAAGAAUACUAGAGAAUGGUACAUUCACAGGAUUCAAAAAUUCCACUUUUCCUCAAAGAGCAAACUGUAGUGUAACUCUUUAUCAAGAUACACAUCACCAACAUACAUUUCAACCACCAUUUCAACAUUCCAAGAGACCCAAAAACUUGUGGGAGGAUAUAUACAGAGCCAUUGAGGGUGCAAAGCAUUUGGUUUAUAUUGCAGGCUGGUCUUUCAAUCCUAAUUUGGCCCUGGUCCGUGAUCCUAGUACAGAAAUUAUGCAUGCAAAAGGAGUAAAGCUAGGCGAAUUGCUUAAGCGCAAAGCAGAAGAAGGUGUGGCUGUGAGGAUCAUGCUUUGGGACGACGAAACAUCCUUACCAAUCAUCAAGAACAAAGGAGUAAUGAGAACACAUGACGAAGAUUCUUUAGCUUAUUUCAGAGACACAAAAGUAGUAUGCAAAUUAGUUCCCAGAUUACACCAUAAACUCCCCUCAUUCUUUGCACAUCAUCAGAAAGCAAUAACAGUAGAUUCAAGAAGUCAUCUAUCUUCAACUAGUCGAGAAAUCACUAGCUUUAUCGGUGGUUUAGACCUUUGUGAUGGUCGAUACGAUACAGAAGAACACUCCUUGUUUAAAACUCUCAACACAGAAUCACAUUGUUACGAUUUCUACCAAACGAGUCUAUCUGGUGCAAGUCUACACAAAGGAGGGCCGAGAGAACCAUGGCACGAUGCUCACGCUCGUGUAACAGGACAAGCAGCUAUGGAUAUACUCAACAAUUUUGAACAAAGAUGGAAUAAGCAAAUUGGCCCUUCUUUGCUCAUUCCUAUAAGAUCCAUUCCAGAACUAAACAAUCAGCCAAACAUGGCUUCUACUGAUCGCGAUUGGAACGUUCAAGUCUUUCGUUCAAUUGAUCAUGUCUCAGCAUGCCCUUUGCCUAUGAACAUGCCAAUUGAAAGAAGCAUUCAUGAAGCUUAUGUUGAAGCAAUAAGGCGGGCUGAUAAAUUUAUUUACAUAGAAAAUCAGUAUUUCAUCGGUGGAUGUCACCUUUGGGAGCAAGAUCAACACUGUGGCUGUAGAAAUUUAAUUCCAAUAGAGAUUGCACUAAAAGUUGCAAACAAAAUCAAAGCUAAAGAGCGAUUUGCUGUGUACAUUGUGAUACCAAUGUGGCCUGAAGGAUUGCCAGAAAGUGAUUCAGUUCAAGAUAUAUUGCAUUGGACUAGAGAAACAAUGAAAAUGAUGUAUAAAUUUAUAGGUGAAGCAAUUAAAGAAAGUGGUGAGCCAGGACAUCCUAGAGAUUACUUGAAUAUCUUCUGCCUUGCAAACAGAGAAGAAGAGUUCAAGGGAGAGUUUGUUCCUCCUUAUUCUCCACAUCCUGAAUCACAAUAUUGGAAAGCUCAAAAGAAAAGAAGAUUCAUGGUUUAUGUCCACUCUAAGCUCAUGAUAGUGGAUGACACAUACUUAUUAAUUGGUUCUGCCAACAUAAACCAAAGAUCCAUGGAUGGGCAACGAGACACAGAGAUUGCAAUAGGAUGCUAUCAGUCGAAAAGUGAAGAAAGUGACAUUGAUCAAAGAGACAUUCAUACAUAUCGCAUGUCAUUGUGGUAUGAACAUACUGCACAAGCAGAACAAGCAUUCCAAGAGCCUCAAAGCUUAGAAUGCGUGCAGAAAAUCUGUUCUAUCGGAGACCAAAUGUGGAAGAUUUACGAUCAAGAUGAAGUAGAAGAUAUGAAGGGUGUUCAUUUGGUCACCUACCCUGUGAAUGUAACUGCAGAAGGUCAUGUAGAGGAUCUAAUGGAGAGAAAUGGUCAUUUUCCAGAUACAGAAGCACUAAUAAAAGGGAAGAGAUCAAAAGUUUUAGCACCUACAAUUACUACAUAGCUGGAAAACCACAUGAGUUGGAAGCUUGGAACCCUUUGUCCAAUGAUUUGUACAUGCUGAAUAGUGGUAGCAGGUUUCUUUAUAAGUUUAAGUUGAUUGUAAAACUACAAAGAGAAGAAACAUCAGUUUCUUGUGACUACAGACAUUAGCAAUGCAAUAAAAGAAAAGAAAAACAAUAGCAAUAGUCUUGAACUCA